AUGGCCUCUGUUCAAUCGAAUGUGGACUGGCAGUCGACAAAGAACACCAUCUUAGAAAGAAACCGUUAUAUGUUCAACAAUCCAGACAUGAGUGAUAUCAGCUUCACUUGCGAAGGUUCAGACGAGAUAUUCUAUGCACAUAAAUAUGUCUUGAGCACAAGUAGCGCCGUAUUUAAUGCCAUGUUUUAUGGCGGCUUCGCUGUGGAAGAUUCGAUUGUUCAUUUGUCUGAUAUAAACGAGGAAAGUUUGGAGCAGUUUUUGAGAUUUCUUUACACAGAGGAAUGUACAUUGACCGGAGACAAUGUUCUUGCGAUCAUGUAUUUGGCAAAGAAAUACAUAAUUCCUUCGCUCAAUGAGAAAUGUGUUAAUUUCUUGCUCGAAAAUUUAAAUCCUGAAAAUGUGCUGGAUGUUUUGGAGCAAGUGACUCGUUUUGAUGAGAAAGAAUUAGAAAAACGAUGUUGGAAAAUUAUAGUGUCUAAUGCAGGCGAAGUGGUAGCCUCUGAUAGUUUCAAUAACAUCAGUCAAACGACCUUGGCGAAAUUACUGAAGAGAGACCAUCUGAAGUAUACCAGAAGUAGAACUGUUUCAAGCUGUUUUAAAAUGGAUUGAUUUCCAAUGCUCGUGUAAGAAUUUAGAACCAACGGGCGAGAAUCGAAGGUCUGUUAUUGGCGAGGCAAUCUAUGAUUUUCGAUUUUUUGGCAUGAGCCGGAUAGAGUUCGCUGUACAUGUUUCCAAAUCUGAUUUGCUCACAGAUGAUUCCCAUUUACAAAAAAAAUCUUGGAGCUGAUUCGCCUGCGUUAAAAAUGGAAGCUACCGAAUAGGAACCUAGGAAAUAUCGUCAGGUUUUCCAGAUAUCCUGGAAAGGCAAAGAAACUAUUUGCAUGGGAUAGGAUGGACAUAUACUGGCACACCAGAUCGCCUCUGUUUUUCUGUCCAAAGAGAUGCAUUACUGGUUGGUGUUCGUUUGUUUGGGGACCAAGGUGGGAGUGAGUAUCAGGCCACUUUUGAAGUCAAAGAAGCCACAGUAAUUGGAAGGUAUACUUCUCAACGCAAUGAAGACGACGUUCCUGGUUUUGAUGUAAUGUUAAAGCAACCCGUUCCACUGAAGCAGAACGAAGUUGUAACUCUUUCUGCAAGAAUAAAAGGGCCAAAUUCGUAUCGUUGCGAAAAUGGAUUCUCUUCAGUUAGGCUCAAAAAUGUCUCUGUGACAUUUUGUGACGCCCCUGAACCCAACAACGAAACUUCUUCUAUAAGCGGACAAUUUCAUGAAUUAAUACUUGCGAUUUAA